UUAAAGGCUGAAGAUACAAGGCAGAGAAGAAGUGCACUGAGAGUCCAAUUAGCAAGAAGAGUUAAAUCCACAUAUAACAUGAAAGGUGGCGAAAGCUGUUUCUGAGACAGCAAUACAUCUAAUAAUAGAAGAUACCAAGAUAUUAAAGGGUUAAACCAACAAGGAUAAACCAGUCAACUGUUCUCCAGAUAAAGAUCUCUUGAAUUCUCUCUAAAGGUCACGUGUUCAAGAUGUUUUUUAAGUGAGCCUGAGAUUGUCUUGGCAAACCUAUGAAAAUUCCCAUCACAGAAUUAACUGCAAAUACAGACCAAACUGGCCAGAAUCGUGCAGCUCUACUGUGAGCGGAAUCUGGCUCCUGGAUCACCACUACCUAUAUGGAUAUUUUGGGGAAACACUGCGUAAGGCUUGUUUGGCUUUUCCAUUAGUUUGAAGGCCAAAUUGUUUUGGUAUUUUGAAAUCGGAAUUCCUCUCAAGGACACAGUCAUGGAUUUCACACCCCUGACCAGCCAGGAACCUUUGCAUCAGUUCUCUGACACAGCGAUGAACCACGGCAAUGAAGAACCUGAUUACUUCUACAACUUGUGUGGCAGUGAGGGUAGCCCAUCACAUUAUGGAGGAGCAGUGACCUCCCGAGCAGGCGCAGCAUACCGCCAUUCUCCAGUUCUCCAGACAUUCCCCUCUCACUGGCCAGAAAGCAGCUCAGGAAUUGUACACAGCUUGGCUGCAUAUGGAAGAAGUCCCGGUGCAUUCCCACUCUAUACAUCGGGGGCUUCCCACUUGGGUCCACUUCCCUCCUCUGCAUUAUACUCUACUGCUCCCUUCCUGCUGAGCCCUGUUCCUCCAACUGAGCGUGAUGGAAGCCCUAAAUUCCUUGAGACCCUCAAGACAGAAAGGAUGAGUCCCUUGAGUAAUGACCUUCUGACCCUGGAGCCAAGGAGUCCUGGAAGUCAGGCUUUAUCUCCAAUGGGAUACAUAGGAACCAUGCAAAAUUACAACAAUAGCAUAUUCCAAACAGAGGAUCGUGAGUGUGUGAAUUGUGGUGCUACAGUGACCCCACUAUGGAGACGGGAUAUUAGUGGUCAUUAUCUGUGCAAUGCCUGUGGGCUUUAUCACAAAAUGAAUGGACAGAACCGCCCGCUGAUUCGACCCAAGAAACGCCUGAUUGUCAGCAAGAGAGCUGGAACCCAAUGCAGCAACUGUCACACGAGCACCACCACACUGUGGAGACGGAAUGCCAGCGGAGAACCGGUGUGCAAUGCCUGCGGACUGUACUACAAACUGCACAAUGUGAAUCGCCCCAUGACAAUGAAGAAGGAUGGAAUCCAGACCAGAAACCGCAAAGUGGGCAGCAAGUCCAAGAAGAAGAAGCAACAGGCGCAAGAUGGUGUCUAUGAGAAUCACAAGAUGACCCCAGAGGAGCAAGCCAUGUACCCUUUUUCACCCAUCAUGGUACCUGGUCAGAUGGCUCCUUUGGGACACCUGAUGCCUGGUACCCCUCCGCAUCAUCUGCUUACUCCCCCCAGAAUGCCUCACUCACCUCCUACCAUCACCUACAGGCCGCACCUGUUUUCUGGUGUCACCUCAGCUCUGAGCUAAAAAAGAGCAACACAGACUACAAUCUCUCCAAAAAAACAACAACUAAAGGCUAUAGCCAGACAGGGUAGUAUCAGAAUGGCGGAUUGCUUUGGAGCACUAGACAUAUUCAGAACCAUUUUUGUGCCCUUGGUAAUUCCACUGCUCCACAAAUCACCCAGCCAAAUUUGUGUCACUGGGAGGCUUUUGAGGUUGUUUCAGACAGAAAGCUGUGGUGGGACUGGUCCUUUCUACCAAAACAUUCACCCAGAACCAAAAACCAGAAAUCUAGGCAGUCUAGUCCGUGGGUCAUGAAGAGGACACAUCUAUACACAUCUCUGCUUUCUUAUGUGUACAUUUUUCCUGAGAAAUAUUUUAUAAAAAGUUUCCUGACAAUCA